UAAAGUUGAGCUGCUGUCACUGGAUCCUUUAGCCACGCCCCUUUGCCUACUUCCGUGUUUAUGUCUCACCUGACGAGGAGCCAGGGACAACAACAGGCUGUCAUCCAGGACUAAGAGGAGAGAAACAGACUCCCAGGAUGAAGGUGAGGAGAGUUGAAAGGACAGUUUUGAGCGUGGAGCAGUCGGAGGGAGUCGGAGCUCGUGUGCGCAGGAGCAUCGGGAGACAGGAGCUGAGGAACCUGGAUCCCUUCCUGAUGCUGGAUGAGUUCAGAGUGAGCCGGCCAGCAGGUUUUCCGGACCAUCCUCACAGAGGAUUUGAGACGGUGACGUAUGUUUUAGAGGGGAGCACAGCUCAUGAAGACUUCUGUGGUCACUCAGGACUUCUCAGACCCGGAGAUCUGCAGUGGAUGACUGCAGGGCGGGGGGUGGUCCAUGCAGAGAUGCCCGUGUCGGAGGAGCCGGUGGUGGGCUUACAGCUGUGGUUGAAUCUGCCGAGCAGAGAGAAGAUGGUGGAGCCGGCGUACCAGGAGCUGAAGGACUCCGAGAUCCCCAAACCGAGCCAAGGAGGAGUCUCAGUGUCCGUGAUCUCUGGAGAGGCUUUAGGAGCAAAGUCAAAGGUUUACACUCGGACUCCGACCCUGUACCUGGACUUCAGACUGCAGGCGGGGGCCAUGCAUGCUCAGCCAGUCCCCUCAGGAUGGACUGCAUUCAUCUACACUCUGUCAGGAUCUGUCCAUGUGGGUCCAGACGAAGAUCAGCAGCAGAUCGAGCCUCAUCACACCGCGGUGCUUGCAGAUGGAGACUGUGUCAAGUUUGAAAACAAGAGCUCGGAGGUUUCCCAUUUUGUGCUGAUUGCUGGAGAACCAAUCAGAGAGCCUGUGGCGCAGCAGGGUCCUUUUGUCAUGACCACAGAAGAAGAGAUCAGACAGGCCAUCAGGGACUACAGGACGGGCACUAACGGCUUCGAGCGGGCCGUGAACUGGAGGUCAAAGAUCCGAGACUCUCUCUGAGCGCCUCUGGGGAAAUAUUGACCUUAUUAUUAUUUACAGAUGUUUGUUUUCUUACAAACAGCUGACGUUUGUGGAUGUGUGUGUAUUCUCAGAGCUUGGGCUGUAUGUGUUUUUACAGGACAUCUCGCUCCAUGUUUGUGGAAACUGGCUCCUCUGUUUGCAGCACAGCAGCAGCAGCAGCAGCAGCAGCAGCAGCAGCAGCAGCAGCAGCAGCAGCAGCAGCAGCAGCAGCAGCAGCGAAAGCAGCUGCCCUCCCUCUCCUUUAAAAAUAUAGAUAUUAGGAAACAUGUGCUCUGCCUGCCCGUGUUAAUUUAAGCUUUAUUAUGUUCCCCUCCUGUGUCUGUGCGCUGCAGCAGAGAGAGAGACCGGUGAUGCACAUGUUGUUGUCAUGAAGAACACUGAGCUGAUUCUAGGGAAGUUUAAAUGUCCUCCGUGUAUUGAAUGUUUUAUUAUACUCAUUAAAGAUUUUAUAUUCAUUGUAUUGAUUCAGCACAAUAAAUAAAGGAAGCCGUUUCUGAACAGAUCA